AUGGAGCCUAUAGGAGGUUUUUUUGAUGAAGAAUGUGAUCAAUCUUUGAGCAGAAUUUUCUUUACUGAAAAUUCAGAUUUCAUGUUUCAAUUGCAUGGUGAUCAUCAAACAGGCAAUAUUACUGAAGGGAGUUUUUUAUCUUCUCCUAAUUCUCAUACCCUUAAUUGCAACAUAGAGUAUUUUUCUCAAGAAAAUAGCAAUGACAGCAGAGGAAGUGAUGGUAUGUUUUUUCUCAACAACAAUACAAGUCAUGAAUAUCUGCAACACAAUAAUGAGUCCACUGAUUUUUACAUGAUGGGCCGAAAGAAUCUUGAAAAUUCAUCCCUUAAUCAAGUGUUGGCUGCUGAUGAUGAUUAUAUCAUGAAAGAAAUGGCCUGCUUGAAAGAAGACAAAGGCAAUAAUAGCCAUUUGGACAAUGAAAUGCUGCUAAAGAGGAAGUUUGAUCAAGUAGCAGAGGAUCAGAAAUUUAAGAAUUCUGAAAAUCCCAAGAAGAAAUCACGGGUGUCAAGAGAUGGACCAAAAAGUAAGAAGAGUAACCAGCCAAAAGGCAAAAAGAACCAGAAAAACAUCCAAAUUAACAAUGAAAAAGCAGGAGAGAAAGAGAAUAAUAAUAAUAAUGCAGCAAAUUGUCAGAGUGGACAGAGCACAAGUAGCUGCAGCUCUGAAGAUGAUACCAAUGGAGGCACAGAUUUAAAAACCAAAACAAGGGCCAGCAGAGGGGCUGCAACUGAUCCCCAGAGCCUUUAUGCAAGGAAAAGAAGAGAGAGAAUCAAUGAAAGAUUGAAAAUCUUGCAGAGUCUUGUCCCUAAUGGCACAAAGGUUGACAUAAGCACAAUGCUUGAAGAAGCAGUUCAUUAUGUGAAGUUUUUGCAGAUACAAAUUAAGUUACUGAGCUCAGAUGAUAUGUGGAUGUAUGCUCCAAUUGCUUACAAUGGAAUGGGGAUUGACCGCUUUCAUACAUAG